AUGAUCACGAAUCCAGAAUGGGAGAAAGCCCAACGAGGCGAGCUCUACCACGCCUUCAUUCCCGAACUCAUCGCUGCACGAGAUCUGUGCAAAGAGGCCACCAACCGAUUCAACGCCUCUACUGACCUGACUCGUCGACGCCAGGUGGAAUUAUGGAGAGCGACGUUUCCAAUCGAUCCUUCAUCCGAUGUUGCAGCGCCAUUGGAACAGGGAGCGACUCAGGGUGCUGAGACCGUCAUGAGGAACGCUGCCGAGAAGUAG